CUCUCUUUUUUUUUGCUCGUGUUUACUGCUAUUGGAAUACAUUCCUUUGUAAUCAACCAUGGCCAAUUUUAUGCCUUUACCUAAUCCUUCGUUUACUUACCAUGGUACUGAAUAUACCCCAAGUCCUGAAUCGAUCAUAUCUUCACAAAUGCAACCAAGGUAACGUUUUAAUGUGAGUCGAAUAUUAAGGAUACUUAUGAGUGUAGCAUCAUGUCCAUCUCUGAACCUGAGACACCUCGUCCCCAGGAACAUCAUUCACCUACAAUAGCAUCAGCAGAAAAGAUGGCAGUACCUCCUGACUUGAUUCGUCGCGGUCAUCAAACACUUCCUUCAAGACCCGAAGGAUUUUCAACCACGACGUUUCCCUCCAACCCAGCUGGACCUGUCCGAAGAAGAAGAACUGAAUCGUUCUUUUCGUUUGAAAUGGGUCCUUCUUUUUCAUCAACAAAGCAGCUUCACGAACUAUGUAACCUUGAACAAACCAAUGAUUACAAGGUUCAACUUCAUGCAAAAAUGGAUCGAGGCUUUUUUAAGGCAGAAUUGGAUUGGACAUGUUAUCGCCGCAACUAUUUUCAGGUCAGCGCAACCUUUGAUAUGCACGGAACAAAUUAUAUAUUGCAAGGACCAGAAGCACCUUGUUUGCUGCGAAAGGCCGAUACGGGUGAAAUACUUCCAGUGGAUUACUUCUCAAUUGGCAUCCAUGCUCGCGUAGCCAACCACGAUAAAAAGAUUGAGCUGGUACAGCAUACACCCAAACGUGAUAAGGGACCCCAGAUGAUUCCUCAGCCUCGGCCCGUGCGUGCAGGUGGUAAUCUUCAUAUGGCAGCCGUAGGAACAAAUCAUAACAUUGUCACUUUUGAGCGACUGCAGUUCAAGACAGCAACAGCAAAUAAUGGCAAAAGACGUGCAGCACAGCAAUAUUACGAGAUCGUGGUAGAUCUCUACGCUAAUCUAUCAAGAGGCGAGGCCAUAUGUGUCGCCACCUGUCAUUCAGCCCCACUUGUCGUCAGAGGCCGUAGUCCUGGCCACUACGCAGACUCACACACUCGCUUCAAGGGCUCUGAAGAUGCUUUUGCUUCGCCGCCUCAUAGAUUUGCGUCGAGUAUGCCAAAUUCACCCACUCGUGACUUUGGCCCCUAUCACGCUUAUCCUUUCUCGUUAGGCGCCGCUUAUCCGCCACCACCACCACCACCUCCACCUCCUAUUGUUCACCCUUCAUCUAAUGUCUUUCUACCUUACCAGCAGAAUAAUACCGCAAAUGAUCCAAAUGGUGCAAAUGUAUACUUUUCUAAUUCCUCUGUAGAACCACCCGUGUACGAUACAGCAGACCCAUACAUGAUGGGCGCAAGAGGAAAGAUGCCAGUUAAUAAUUCUCACUGGGCGCAACCACAAUCACAGCAACAAGAUCGUUUUUAUGAUCCUUAUGGAAGACAAGAAGAUUACUCUAGUACCUCUACUUCUACUACACACUAAUAGUCAACGCUGGUCGUCUCUUUUUACGUUUUAUACAUACUUAUUUAUAUAUAUAUAUUUAUAUUUAUAUUUAACUUAUUUAAAGCGAUAAUAUACAUCAUUGAUA